GACAUGCUCUAACAGUUAAAGGGUUUCUUCACCUCAACUCACGUAUAUUGAAAUAAAACCAAGGCUCAGAAUUUAGUUUAAGGCUACCAGGCUAUUUUACUACCAAAUUCUGCGCGUAGAUUGGGAUUACAAUUUCCUUUCGACGCUUUAACAACCGUUGAACAACUACAGCCCAACUGGACUUGAUCAAAACAUUUAACUGAGUUCUGAAGCAAAAAUUGUUUCGCAAACCCCGAAAAUUUAAUAUUUGCGUAUUUUUUCAAACAAACUUUGGGUUUAUAUGCAUUUAUUUAUAUUUCAAUUGCAAUAAUUAUUUCAUAUUUUAGAGUUAACUUGUAGUUAUUGUUAAGUUAAUAAAUUAAGUUAUCGUUAGAGAAUAGUUAUUAAUUUUGGUGAUGGAUCGAAUAGUGAACUUGGAGUCGACUGACCGACUGCGCAACUCUAAUUCUAGUCUUGACUCUGACUCGACCAGUGACACGUCAUUCCUGGGAAUAAACCCACUCGAUGAGUCAAAACUGAGGGAAAUCGAGGAGCUACGGGCGCGUGCAGCUCAGACUGAGCAGACUAUGAAGUGGUGGAGUGACUGUACUCAGAACUGGAGGGAGAAGUGGAGCAAAGUGAGGAAUGAGAGGAACACUGCGAGAGAGGAGGUGAAACAGCUGAACAAACGCCUGGAUGACACGCUACAACAGGUGGAGAAGGUGCAACAGGAGAAGAAACUACUCAAGGCUGAGCUGGACAGACAACAACGACAGAACUCAAACAGCUCAGACCAUGGAUCCAUCAACCGCUACGGCUCCCUUCGCCUCAAUGCUCCUUACGACUGGACCAAAUCCGCAACCCAGGCAUUCAUGAACGCCACUGGAAAUGGUCUGGGAGACAACACUGGCUCAAUUCAAGACCAGGAUAAGGAACGGGAGGGAAGUGGAGAAAGGAAUGAAAUUUUCAAAAUGUCAACUGAGGAUUGCUCUUUUGUCGAUUCAGAGAAGUCACAGCGUGCAUUGCAGAUAAAGCUCGAAGAAGCUAACAAGAUCAUCAUGUUCGAAAGAGAAGCGAGCAAAGGACUCCAACAGGAAAUUGACACCUUGUCGGAGGCCAUUCGAAAACUACAGGGCAACAUACAACAACUAACCAUUUCCAAAGAAGCCGUGAGUUUUGAAUUGAAGACAGCGAGGCAAAAUCACGAGAGUCAGAUUGCGAACAUUACUUCUGAUUUGGCAGACAGUAACUCCCGAAACUCCGAAUUAGAAAAAAGGAUUGCCACUUUGCACGAAGAUAUCGAGCAGCUUCAGAUGCAAAACACGGAUGAAUGGAGCAAACGAGAACAGUUGGAGACCGAGAAAUUUCAGCUUGAGAGGGAGAUUAAGAAAUUUAAGAAUCAAAUUGCUGAUUUGGAGAGUCGGGCAGUAAGAAAUCAGAAAACUUCGCUGCCCGGAACGCCCAGCACUGAAGUGACCGAGCUGAAAACUCAAAUCCAACAGUUGCACAUUCAAAUCGGAAACAUGAAACAUUCUGAAGCCAAACUGAAGAAGGCAAUGAAUGAAAAAACACGAGAUAUGGAGUUACUCGAACGCAGGAACUUACAAUCAGAAGCUGAAGUUAAAUCAUUGAGAGGGAGAGUCGAGCAACUGAAACGAGAAACAAUUGAAGCUCUCGAGGAAAACGAUGUUCAAACAGCACAGAUAAAUAAAACUAGUCGAGACUUGGAAGAUAAAACUGAGCUGGUCAGUGAACUUGAGCAAGAAAUUAUCAGACUCAAACGGAAAAUCGACCAAGUUGCAUUGCAAGAAAGAGAUACUGACGAAGAAAUUCAGAGUUAAAAACUAGGCUAAUAUUUUUUAAAGAACUGGAGAAAUCCUGAAAAACACACAUUGCAGGCAAAGAUUUCACGCAUAUAAUUCAAGUUGAGUAGUGAAUGAUCUAAUACUUAUUCAUAUUUUUAUUUACUCUUUUCAAGUUUUGUA